CAACGCGGUGAGCAGGACCGAGUGUAACGUAAGGAAAGCUACUGACCUGCAGUUACUGAAAAGUUUAUCUGUCUUUAAUCUUCAGUCCAUGUGUACAAACAUGAGAACUAAACCACAGCUACAAACGGAAGGAUUUACUGUAAAAUCAACGAUGAAAAACUCCGUGGUGAUGGGUCCUCCUGCAGCAGGAGCUUUCAAAGAGCGCCCAGCCAAACCCACAGCUUUUCGGAAAUUCUAUGAACGUGGAGACUUCCCAAUAGCGCUGGAGCAUGAUACAAAAGGCAAUCGUAUUGCCUGGAAGGUGGAAAUAGAAAAGCUGGACUACCACCACUACCUUCCUCUGUUCUUUGAUGGCCUGUGUGAGACGUGCCACCCAUAUGAAUUCUUUGCUCGGCAGGGAGUGCAUGACAUGCUGGAACACGGGGGCCCCAAAAUCCUUCCAGUCAUCCCUCAACUCAUCAUUCCUAUAAAAAAUGCUCUGAACACCAGGAACAGGCAGGUGAUCUGUACCACGCUGAAGGUCUUGCAGCACCUUGUGGUGUCAGGUGAGAUGGUAGGAGUAGCUCUGGUGCCAUACUACAGACAGAUUCUCCCCAUCCUCAACAUCUUCAAGAACGUGAACAAAAACUCUGGCGAUGGUAUUGACUAUGGCCAGCAGAAGCGGGAGAACAUUGGUGACCUCAUCCAGGAGACUCUAGAGGUGUUUGAGCGUUAUGGUGGAGAGGAUGCCUUUAUCAACAUCAAGUAUAUGGUGCCCACUUAUGAGUCGUGCCUGCUCAACUAACACCCAUAAACACAACAUAUGCAUGCAUAUUUCUGCUGUACCUGAGCCUUAUUAUACACCUGUAAGACUUAAUUAAAUUAAUGAUCUCUGAGUCUCAUGUACAUUCCUGAAGCAUUAAAUCCUUGACUGAAA